UCAUGUGAAGAGAAAGAGGGAGGGAGCUUCAGGCAGCAAGGCUGGACGAGCGCUCAAACACUGCAGUCUCUCUUUAGCUUCUCCUCUCUCUGCUUGUCUCUCUUUCUCACUUCUUCUUCUUCUUCCUGUGCUUCUUGGCCAUGACCCCGGUGGACACAUUGAUUUCCUUGCCUACCUAGAGAAGAGGAGAUAAAUGGUGUAGCGGAGGAGGGAGAGACGAGAAGAGGGGACCCUGCACACUUUGCCUCACUGAUGAGAGUCUGGAAAUGAAUUAACCGCCGACAGCACAGAGGGGAAGCGCAAAGAGUGGCUCAGAGUCAGGUGCAGGAAGAAAAUAAGAGCGGGUUGAAGAGGGGGAUUUGUGGGAUGUGGAGAGAGUAAUCUCUUGUCACUUUUUAGACACAAACAGGACAAGUUAGAGCAGAGGCAGGAUAUUUUGCAAUUAGGGAGACUAAUUCCAGAAGCUAAAGGAAGGUCCACUCACACACAUUAUUCAUCCUUUCUUCUUUCUUUUCACUCUUCCUGUCCAGUUCCUAACACCAUCCUUCCAUCACAUUCUUUUUUGUUAUUGAGCUUUUUUUCUUAUUUUUUUUUGCAUGUCAACAAAGCACAUCAACAGCCACAGCUACACACUGAACACACAUGUUCAGCGUGUGUGUUGUUUGAUCUGUUACUGAGUAAAAGAAGUUGAUUGGCCAGAGCAGGGUGCUGUUACCUCCCAGUGCAGAGCUCCUACUCAGGAUUUUAUCACAAGACCAGGUAGGAUGUUUCUGGAUCAUUUUGCUGACCCAAAGCAGCUGGAGCAGUCGAGUUGAAGCCCUCCAGUCGGUUACCUUGUUGAACUGUAACAAGAUGAAACUGCCAACCAGCUUAUCUUUAAAGAGCAUGGCACCUGUGUUUGAGGGAUUACAGAGGGGGAAACAGUUAUGUGCAGAUGUGUAUGUGUGUGUUGGGAUUAUGUCCUAAAUACACAGCAUUAUACAGGUGUUGCAGCAUGAUUAUGCAAGGUCUCCUGCUGAAUAUAGUGACACUAUAGGAUUAAAGACAGGAACUCAAGUGAAGGGGAUGGUGACAUUAUCUUUGACUGAUUAACUCAGAGCAAAUGUGAUCACGCUUGAGAUUUUAUUAAAUCAGCAGUUCUGGGAUUUGACAAGGGUCAUAAUUAUUUUUGAGCUUGGAAACUUGGAAAAAGCAGGAACAUCACUGAACUCAUCUCUCAGUCCUCGGUGGAGUAAUUUCUGUCCUUCACUGUGGACUUUGCCCCGACCAGAAAUACUCAGAGUGACUAUUAAAGCUCUUCCAACUUCCAUAAUGAGACGCUCGAGCACAGAUGAGACUCCGUACCGGCGUAGUCCGUCCUUGGACAGUAAACCUGACUCGCCACCAUUCACGUCUGGGUUUCAUCGCUUCAGUGGAGAGUUUGAAUAUAAGCGGCCGCCGUUUGCGUUUGGUUUCCACACAACAAAGGGGCCGCAAUCAUCCAAGGGGCGCUAUGCCCAGGGGAAGAAGUAUGUGGUGUUUUACCUGGACCUCUCCUUCAUAUUCCUCCUAGAACUGCGGCGUUGCAGGAUGGCUGAGGGUUGCAUGAUGGCCCUGCGAUAUGGAAUGGUCUUCUUCAAUCUUCUAUUCUGGCUGGGAGGAUGUGGUAUACUCGGGGUGGGGGUCUGGCUCUCAGUGACCCAGGGAAGCUUUGCUACCCUAUCAUCAUCCCUUCCGUCCCUGUCAGCAGCCAACCUGCUCAUUGCAGUCGGGACCAUCAUCAUGGUGAUCGGCUGUCUGGGCUGUGUGGGCGCUGUCAAAGAGAGCCGUCCUCUGCUGCUGACGUUCUUCAUCCUCCUGCUGCUCAUCUUCUUCCUGGAGAUUCUGUCCAUCAUGCUUUUCUUCAUCUACCAAGACGAGAUUGACCAAUAUGCCCAGAGGGAUUUGAAGAAGGGCCUCCAUCUGUUUGGCACGGAAGGCAACGUGGGUUUAACCAACGCCUGGAUGAUAGUGCAAACUGAUUUCCGUUGCUGUGGUGUGACCAACCUCACAGACUGGUUUGACGUUUACAACACCACGCGAGUGCCCGACUCCUGCUGCCUCGAGUACAGCGACAACUGCGGCCUGGACAACCCUGGAACAUGGUGGACAGCGCCGUGCUACGAGCGAGUCAAGGACUGGCUUAAUGAGAACCUGGUGGCUCUUUGGAUCUUUGCUCUAUGCACAGCACUUACUCAGAUCCUGGGUCUCGUCUUCUCCAUGACAAUGUUCUGUCAGGCAGUGAAAGUAGAAACAUUCUACGCCUAGCGAUUGACCUCUCUGCCCUUCAGCACACUUGGAUUGUUUUUGCUCAUCGAUGGUCUGACCCACCCUCCUCCUCCUCCUCGUCCUCCUCUUCCUCCCCCAUCUUCCUCAACAGACUCUUGUUUCCACUGCUUGUCCUCUCUGUGACAUUUGCUCUUGGGUGUCACCGGUUCACAAUUGUCCCUCUAUCAACAAGCACAGUGUCAGUGUAAUUCCUGAGUUGGUUGCUAUGGUUUGCUUUGUGUCGAAAGCUAAUUUCUGUGAAGCUGAAUUAUGAACAUGUAUUAUAUAUACAGUAUAUAUAUAUAUAUAAAUAUAAAAAAAACUGUAACCCAUUUUUUAAUGUGUUUUGUUUUAAAUUAUUGUAUGGUUUGUAUGUGUCUUCAAAAUGAGAGCUACAAAUGGGAAGGUGCACUGUGUGAAGUGCUGCAAGUGCAUGUCUCCUGCCAUGGUGUCUAUUAAAUGUUCUGGCUCCACUAAA